AUGGCGGGAAGGAUCAUAUAUGUUUUAGUGAGGUGCUUGUGUGAGGAUUGGCAUUCGGUUGCCGUACUGUUGGUGGGCAUGUUGGGCAACGUGGUAGAUCAAAAACGCGGAAGACACAGAAACGGGAAACUUAAAUCGCAGAAAGAGGACUAUUUCAGGAAGAAUUCAGUGUUGGAGGAUGCGAAUUGUAACCAUAAAAUCACUGACUAUUUCCCGGUUCGCAGGAGUGGCCGAAAGACAGGAAAACAACUUGAGAAAGAAGAGCACGAUGCGAUCGAGCAAGCAGUCUAUUCGGGUAUUAAUGAGAAAUUUCUUCAAAUAUUCGAAAGCAAAGAAAAGGGUCGUGGCAUAAGAACACUGAAACGAUUCAAUAAGAAUGAAUUCGUUGUCGAAUAUAAAGGUGAAAUGAUUGAUAUAAGUGUUGCGAGAGCUCGCGAGAAAAAAUAUGCAGAAGACGCAAGUAUUGGUUCGUUCAUGUAUUACUUCAAAUACAAGAAUAAACAUUUCUGUGUGGAUGCAACCGAAGAAACUCCGCAUAAAGGCAGACUUAUCAAUCAUUCAAUUCUUCAACCAAAUCUUAAAACAAAGGUGUUAGAGUUGAAUGGAUCACAACAUCUUGUUUUGAUAGCAAAGAGGGAUAUCGAAAUUGGAGAAGAGUUAUUAUACGAUUACGGGGAUCGUUCACCGCUUACCGUCGCAAAUAAUCCGUGGUUGUUGAAUUCGUAA